AUGGUCUUCAAACCCUUCAAGUCCCCUUUGAUUAGGAACCCUGCCCCAUCCUCAGAAUCACUCGAAGAGCCCAUCCGCCCUACCAAAAAGCCCCGCCUCGGAGACGAAUCGACAUCCGACGAGGCACGAUCCACACCAAUAGCCAGCCGAAAGCCACUCAUUCAAGUCAAGAACCUAGGAUCAGACAGUGCAACGCAGUCAUCGGCUGGAGAAUUGGACAGAGAUGUCAAAGCCGGCGAAAGAUACUUCAAUGUCCUUUGGCGCAAACCGACGGCCAAAAAGCACAAAACAUGGGAUGGAGAUGGAAUUCUCUCCUUCCGCGGAGGUCUAGUCCAUCUACGGGAUACUGCAGGGAAGGAGAUGGGACGGAGGACGCACGAAUCCGACCUCGAGCCCGGCACGACGUUAUCUAUCUCCGGCAAAGAUGUCGAGAUAGACUCGGAGAUAACCCGCAAGGAAUACUUCUCCGGCAGGAGCCCCCCCGCUCGCAAGAAAGGCGAAGUCCGCAAGCCGACGGCCGCUGAGCGGACCGAGUCCCUGAAGCGCUCGCUGGCUCUGGUGACCAAUCCCAACGCGAACCCUGGAAAGGCACCUGCCGCCUUCGCGGCGUACAAAAAACCGCUACUUGAGAAUACAGUUAUUGCCAAGGCUCCGGGAAAAGUCGUUCCGCGUCACGAUCCCAAGGCACCUGGCGCGUUGGUUAUGCCGAGGCCGAAGUCUGUGCCGAAGGGAACACAAGUUGUCGAUGUUGUUGUUGAUCCUCUGUUGGCCAAGAAUCUGCGGCCGCACCAGCGCGAGGGUGUGCGGUUCUUGUACGAGUGUGUGAUGGGUAUGCGGUCGUUCAAUGGCGAGGGUGCCAUUCUUGCGGACGACAUGGGCUUGGGAAAGACAUUGCAGACUAUCGCGCUGCUUUGGACUCUGCUGAAGCAGAAUCCUGUUUUUGAAGCACCACCUGUGAUCAAGAAGGCUUUGAUUGUUUGCCCUGUCACUCUUAUCAAUAACUGGCGGAAGGAAUUCCGCAAGUGGCUCGGUAAUGAGCGCAUUGGGGUUUUUGUCUUUGAUGAUAAGAGCAAGCGUCUCACUGAUUUCACCAAGGGUCGGGCUUACAGUAUUAUGAUUGUCGGAUAUGAGAAGCUCAGGACGGUUCAGGAAGCUUUGGCGAAUAGUUCUGGAGUCGAUAUCAUCAUUGCAGAUGAAGGCCACCGGCUCAAAACCCUGCAGAACAAGAGUGGUAUGGCUAUUCAGUCGCUCAGUGCUACGAAGAGAGUCAUUCUUUCAGGCACGCCGAUUCAGAAUGACCUGAAAGAGUUCUUUGCAGCCGUGGAUCUGGUCAACCCGGGUAUUUUGGGCAGUUUCAAGUCCUUCGUCCGCGAUUUUGAAACCCCAAUCAUUCGCAGCAGACAGCCAGAAGCAACAAGAAAGGACAUCGAGAAAGGAGAAUCUAGAGGCGAGGAAUUGCGAGAGCUCGCCUCCAAGUUCAUGCUCCGCCGAACAGCAGACAUCUUGGCCAAAUACCUCCCCCCAAAGACCGAAUAUGUCCUCUUCUGCAAACCCACCCGUCCCCAGGCAAGCAUCUACAAAGCCGUCCUCGCGUCCCCAAUCUUCCAAUCCGCAAUGGGCAACGCGGAGAGUGCCCUGCAGCUCAUAACCAUCCUUAAAAAGCUGAGCAACAGCCCAUCCCUCCUAUCCGCCAAAAACAACGACGGCACCCCAAACGAAACGAUAGCCUCCCUCAUCGCCUCCAUUCCUCAGCCUCUCCACCGCCACCUUUCCCCCUCUUCCAGCGCCAAGAUCCGCGUCCUCGACCAACUCCUCGACACCAUGCGCAACAAAACAGAUGAGAAAAUCGUCCUCGUCUCAAACUACACCUCAACGCUCUCCCUCCUCGCAAACCUCCUCACCUCCCUCGGCCUCCCCUAUCUCCGUCUAGACGGCAGCACCCCAGCUCAAAAACGCCAAGGCCUAGUAGAUGACUUCAACCGCCUCCCAGCAUCUUCCUGCUUCGCCUUCCUCCUCUCCGCAAAAGCAGGCGGCACAGGCCUCAACCUCAUCGGCGCCAGCCGUCUUAUCCUUUUCGACGUCGACUGGAACCCCGCAACAGACAUCCAGGCCAUGGCGCGUAUCCACCGCGAUGGCCAGAAACGACCUUGUCGCAUCUACCGUGUUCUGCUCAAGGGCAGUCUGGAAGAGAAGAUCUGGCAGAGACAAGUUACGAAACUCGGACUUGCGGACAGUGUCAUGCAGGAGAAGAGUAAGAGUAAUAGCGCGGCCCAGUUCUCUGCUGCGGAACUGAGGGAUCUAUUCCGUCUUGACGAGGAGCGGGCUUGUCAGACGCAUGAGUUGUUGGGGUGUAAGUGUGGUGGGCGGGGCGUUGUAUCUGACUCGGCUGUUUCAUCUGGUGCCGCGACGCCGGCUACUCUUCAAGGAGCUUCGGACGGGGAAUUGUCGAUUCCGGAAGAUGAGGAUUAUGAUUCUGACGAGUCCUUGCCUCUGCCUUCUUCGCUUAUCAAGGCUUCUGAGGUUGAUAUGGAGAAGCAGGAACUGGCUAUUCGGGACGGGAGUUAUCGUGAUAAGAUGGCGAAGGGGAAGAAGGGAUCGAGUGACGAGGAGGAGGAUUCCAAGAGUCCGAAGGAUAAGAUGCAUCAGUCUUUGGCGCAGUACUCCCAUAUCGACCCGUCUCUGCUUGCAGCUGAUCCUGACUCUGGGGCUGAUGUCGAAGAUGAGGAGCUUGAGGCUGCUAUUGAUGAUGAUGUGCUUGUCGCCAUGCUGAAAGAUGAGUGUAAUUUGAUUGGGUAUGUCUUCAAGAAGACUAAUGGUGCGGAGAUAGAGAGUUAG